AUGGCCUUCACCCACUCAUGUGACCCGCACGUAAACAUGGCGGAUGUGGAAGUAGCAAAAUCUUUGAGCGGUUUGCUGAAUGGAAUAGCUCAGAUGGUGUAUUAUAAUAAAAGCGAAAUUACGGAGGAGUUGCUGAAAAAUGAGCUGUAUCCGGAAAUGCCGCCGGAGGAAUUCAAAGUUUUGUUCGAAAAAAUGAAAGGGCUCAUAAAGUCCAUUGCCACGGCAGACAUGGACCACGCCCAGCUGGAGGCCUUUCUCACAGCUCAGACCAAGAGGCACGGUGGCAGCUGGCUGAGUGCUGAGCAGGCCGCCGCUCUCUCUCGCUUCUGGAAGAGCCAGCGAGUACGGGUGAGGGAGAGCCUGUUGGCUCAGCAUCGCUGGGAGCCCACCCUCAGGGGCCUCUCCUGGAGAGUGGACCUCCAAACUGGUGACAGUCAUGGGAACGCUGAGCACAGAGGGCCAGUCGCUCUGAUGGAGCUGGAGCUUGGCAGAGCUGGACAGGACUCUGAGUUUUUGUGUCUGGAGUUUGAUGAGACCAAGGUGAACCAGGUGCUAAAGAAGAUGGCUGACAUCCAGGAGAGCAUAGACAGAAUAGUUCACCGUACAUAAAAUCCCAGAAAGUUACUGGACCUUUGAGCAAGUCCAGCUGUAUUUUCUGGUUUUUACACCAGCCAGGGAGAAAUGAUUGUCUUCAUUGGAAGAUUACUUGUAAGUAGCGCCACAAUAGAGCAAUGGCUCCAGCUUCAUGUAAACUGUGCUGCUGCGGUUCCUCAAUCGCUAUUUUGAUAUUGCCAGAAAUGCAUCUGCUUUGAAUUUGUUAACCGGCUUGAUACAUUGUAAUAUUGAAAAUAGCAAAUGCAACACUCAACAUAAUAUCAUGUAACUUAGAUGUUUUCUGUCUGAAUGCAAGUAACUUUUUUUAAAUAAAAAUGUAAUUGUCCAGUUA